AUGGCGGAUUCAACCCCCGCGCCAGAAACCGCCGCCGCCGUCGCCGAGCCUACUACCGUUCCCGACAAACCCGAAUCCAACGCUCGACCUGCGCAGCCCGAUCCAUCUUCCUCUGCGCCACCUCCGUUUCCCUACCCUAACCCUAGCGCGCCUCAGCCGCCCUCGGUUUUGAAUCCUUCUCAGCUCCCGAUCCAGCCUUCAUUCCGCCCCGCUUCACCGGCGAUUCAAGUGCCUUCUGCUGGAGCCACGCCGCAGUUCUCCCCUGUUACUUUUCAGAACCCCGGGAUCCCGCAUCCGAUGUUGGCCAUGGCUUCGUCCACGACGGUUGGGGGUGUGCCACCGCAGGUUCAGGUGGCUGCUGUGCAUCCAGGGAUGGCCCCACCGUAUCCCUUACCCGGUCAGCCAAUGAGAAUUUUGCCGCAGAUGCCAAAUGGUUUUCCGGCUAUCCCGCAGGCUGUUCCCCCAGGUGCAAUUCCUCAGGGUUGGUUUUCUUUCUUUCUGCCAUACAAAUUCUCGACCUCUGAUAAUCAUCCUAUGUCCCUGUUCUAUCCACUUAGUUUUGCAUUUUCUUUUAAGUGGAGUAGGUUUAUUCAAGGAGUUGUUCGUUAUCCUUCUCCUUAUGCACCAAUGGUUCGACCAACAUUUCCUCCACGACCGUUGAUUGGUGUUAUGCCACCAUUGGCACGCCCUCCUAUUGUUGGCAUUCGUGGCCCAGUCAUUCCUCAUAUUGUUCCUAGGCCGCCUGCUACUGUUGUUACAGCAGAAGAGCCACAGACAACUGUUUAUGUUGGAAAGAUAUCUUCAACAGUGGAUAACGAUUUCAUGUUGUCUCUGCUGAAACUUUGUGGCCCUGUGAAGAAUUGGAAGCGUCCUCAAGAUCCCACUGGGAUUUUGAAAGGUUUCGGAUUUUGUGAAUUCGAGUCUGCGGAAGGAGUUCUUCGUGCACUGCGGCUUCUGAACAAACUAAGUAUUGAUGGGCAAGAGCUUAUGUUAAAUGUAAAUCAAACAACUCGGAAAUAUCUUGAACGUUAUGUAGAGAAAAAAACUGAAAGUUCAAAGAAACAAUCAGAAACUGAGGGUGGUGAGAAAGAGGAAGCGAGUGCGUCAGGCGCUGCUACCAACGAAACAGUGAAGCCCAAUGAAGAAUGUCUGAAGCCACCAUCGGACGAACAAAAAAAGGACGAGGAUGAGAUGAACAAGGAAAAUAGUGAUGCUACAAAUUUUGGUCUCGUUACCGAUGAAGACAGGGAUGCUGACCGCGAGGCACGUGAGAAGCUCACAGGCAUGAUAGAGGAACGGUUGAAGAACAAUCCACUACCACCUCCACCCCCUCAGAGACCCGUAGAUGGUCCUGGAAACUCGCACUCUGAACAGCCUUCUGGAUCAAGGGAUGAGGAAUCGGAAGAUGAUGUGGCAAAGAAUAAUUCAGAAGACAAAAAUGAAGAUGAUAAGACUGCUGAAAGCAAACCUAUGAGCGAGUUUGAGAGGACUGAUGGCGGUUCACCUGAUAGGAGUAGAAGGCAUGAUAGGAGCAGAGACCUUGACCGUGAGAGACGAGAAAAGGAAAGGGAACUUGAAAGAUAUGAGAGAGAACGGGAGCAAGAAAGGGCUAAGAGGGAGAAAGACAGAGUACAUAGGAGCCGAGAAGAUGAACGCAGGUACAAGGCCCGCGAGAAAGAGUGGGAAGCUAGGGAAAGAGAGAGGGAACACUGGAGGAAGAGAGAGAGGGAAAGAGAGAAACAGAAGGCCCAUGAAAGGAAGUGGGAGAUCAUUGAUCAAGAGCAUGAUGAUGAUGAUGGAUAUGGAAAGAAGAGGAAAUACAAGACGAGCGAUGAAGAGAGGAAAAGGAGACAGAGGGAGAAAGAAGAUGAUCUGGCCGACCGAUUGAGAGAGGAUGAAGAAAUUGAAGAAGCUAAAAUUAGGGCCCUAGAGGAACAACAGAAGAAACAGCUUGAGGUUCUGAAAACAGAAGAACCUGUUAAUGGACUAGAGAAUGCUGUUUUACCAAAUGAAUCCAAUCAUGAAGACCAUUUUAAUGCUGAUCAGACCGUUGAUCACAAACUAGACCAUGGUGCUUCUGAAGCGGGUGAAGAGGUCUUACAAAAUGGUGUCAGUGAUGAUUUUGUUACAUCAUCAAAUUCUGAUGCAAGGCAAAGUAGCAAUUUGCCCACUAGGAAGUUGGGAUUUGGUCUUUUAGGGUCUGGAAAACGAACUACUGUCCCUUCUGUAUUUAAUGAGGAUGAAGACGAGGACGCACACAAGGACAAGAAGAUGAGACCUCUAGUCCCAAUUGAUUACUCAACUGAAGAACAGCAAGUGAUUCAACCUUCAAUACCUGAAGGCCCAUCUGCCAAUAUUGCUGCUGCAGCAGAAUAUGCGAAGCGUAUUUCAACAGCGAGUGCUAAAGAAGAGAAACCUGACAUAGAAAAAGAGAGAAACCGACGUUCUCAUGAUAGAUCCGGCCAUCGAGAUCGAGAUAGGCCAGAAGUAGAGACUAAUAGCACACGUGAAGAGAGCCGAAAUGAUAUUUUGGACAGGGAGAGGUCAAAUAAGAAGACCCCUGAAAACCAGAAGCUUUUGGAUGCUAAGCAGUUGAUCGAUACAAUCCCAAAGACCAAGGAUGAGUUGUUUUCAUAUGAGAUAAAUUGGGUGAUCUACGACCAGAAUGCGCUGCACGAGAGAAUGAGACCAUGGAUAUCAAAGAAGAUUACGGACUAUUUAGGAGAAGAAGAGGUUACACUUGUAGACUAUAUCGUGUCCAGCACUCAGGAGCAUGUUGAAGCUAGUGAGAUGCUUGAGAGACUCCAAACCAUUUUGGAUGAUGAGGCUGAGAUGUUUGUUCUAAAGAUGUGGAGAAUGCUUAUCUUUGAGAUCAAGAAAGUUGAGACAGGCCUGGCCCAGAGAUCAAAGGCCUGAAUAGCAUAAAAUAAAACUCCUGUGGGCAUAUGGAGGCUUGGUGUAUUUUACUUAAGCAGCAUAACAUUUGUUUUCUUUGUUUUUUCACUCUGUAUUAGAGAUUGAAUCAUCAUACAUUAUGGUUUUAGUCCGUUGGAUUAGGCAACAUUUUUAAAAUUGAUGCGUUGAACUAUGUUGUAGCAAUUUUGUUCCGCAUGAUGGGGAAGAAAUGGUACGAUAUGAGUUGCAUCCCACUGUUGAAGGGUGAGGAAAAUAACUUUUGCCACCUUCUUUUGUAUUGGUCGCCAUAAAUGCUCUACUGAGGUUAUAGCUUUCUAUUUCGUUAUA